GGCGGCAACUGGCUUUUUUAAAUAAAUAAGUUCUGUUCCACUUCGCAUCGUCCAUAUUCCUGGACACAUGCUUCUCUUCAGCACGGUGUCUCUCUGUGCCUUCUGAAGCGUUCCAGACAUCCCUUCGACUCUGCUCGAUUCUGCACAGGUCGAAAUGCGCCUUCUCUGAGCUUUUCCAGUGGCACGAACUUGUGGCUCGCCUCUUAUUCUCUACAUCUGCAGUCUCCAUCCUCUCCUCGUGUCGUUUUCUUUAUCGUCUGUCUCUGUCUCUUGUCUGUCGCUCGUGACUGUCCGUCGGCGAGAGUGCCCCGCAAAACCUCGCCGGGGCCUGGGGCAAUGGCUUCGUCUUGGGCGCCUCGGUCUUCUGCAUGUGUGCCUGGCGCAUGCAUCGACGAAACGCUUCAGCGACGCGGACGUCCGCAGAGAGUGAGGAAUGCAGACGACCCACUGCUCUGCCUGCUGAAGCAGGCAGAGGCACAGACCGAGGCCUACGAACAGGGCGUGGAUGCGCUGCUCUCUUCGCUGCUGCACGAACGAGACUCCCGACGCAAACAGGCGCACUUGGAGGCCGAGCUGCUCGCAGACUUCCAGACGCAGCAGACGCAACUCGCAGGAGCGACCCGGCAUGUCGAGAAACAGCUCAGACGCCUCGAGGCCCGCGCCUCGGCCAUGAGCGCCGUCGUCUGCCACCUGGAAGACGAACAGAAACACUUGGAGGAAGCCAAACAAAUCGUCGAAGGCAUUCUGCAACUUCGAACUUUGAAGGAUCAACUCGCUGCUGCUCUGAGUGAAGGGCAGCUUUUGGCGGCGACGGCGGCAGCAUGCCGCGUCCAGGAAAUUCGCGCAUUUUUUAACCAAGUUGACGAGAAGUAUGCAACAGCUGCAGGACUCCUCUCCGCGACGCCCGCGGCGCGAAAGAGCCCCGCACUCCCCCCGCGGCUCUCCACCGUGGAGGCGGCUGCUCUGCAACAGCUGCAGGAGAUGCAGACCAGGCUGCUGGACCUGCUUUUUCGAACUCUCUCAAGUGCAUGCACGAGCGCUGCGAGAGAACGCCGGGAGGCUCGGGAGGCCCGCCAGCGAGGCGGCGCCGACGCAGAGAGCGAGAAGAAGAAGGAGACAGGUGGAGCCACCGCCCCAGCAGGGUCGGGGGGGGGGUCGACUGGCAGCCAAGGCGUUCCCACGAGCAGUGGACGAGACGGAGAGUUGCUGAAUCCGCAACAGACUCAAAAGCGUGAGUGGAGAAGAGAGCUGACGGACGUCUUCACCUCGCUGCGCGCGCUCCAACUCCACCAAGAUGCUCUGAAGCGCUUCGUCGACCAACUCCGCUCCCAGCUCGCAGACAACGCAGCUCGUCGCUUCAAAGUUCUUUUGCAGCUACAGAAGCAGACCGCGAAGUUCCAGGCCUCCGGAGACACCCGCGGGGCUUCACACCCCCCCGACCUUCACAGUGCCGCUCUCCAACAACUCGGCGCCGACGUCGCGGACGUCCUGAGACAUCAAGUGAAGGCCCUCGAGUUGGCAGCAGGCACGCCGCCUGCAUGCGGCAGAGGCAACUGGAACGCGAGCAGUCCAGGGGAGGCAGCGGCGGCAGGCCUUUUUUCAAUCGUCGCACUUCGCCAGGAGAUAGACAUCCAGAGUGUCCGCAUUCUCAACCAUUUCUCCGAGUUAAACAAAGAGAUUCUCUCGAUGAAGGCAGGAGACAAGCAAAUUGCGACGAGUCUGCGGCGCGUGGACUGCGUCUUGUCGGAAAUCAUCUCGCUUAGCGCACAGUGCAUGCGCAUGCAUCGGCGCCUCAAAAUCGCGGCGUCUCGGCGAGGCUCGUCCCUCCUCCUUCAGACCGAAAGUCUCCCAGAGGGAACUGCCCAGGACGGCGACGAGUCUCUGCAUGCAAAAAGCGCCUCAGGAAAAAACGCUGGCGCCACGCUCGUGGAGUUUGUGCGUCAGUGCUCGGCCUGUUCAGACUUGACCUUUCAAAGAUCUCUCUUGAUGAAAGGACGAGAGGAGCUCAUGGCGCACUACGUCUCUCUCGAAAAUGCAUUCAUUAUUGGCUCGAUUGACCAGGCGCUGAAUGUGGUGGACGAGGUUCCCCUGCAGUCAGCUUGGGAGGUCGAGCAGUCGCGAGGCUCGGUCUCUGGGUUUCUCGGAGGCUCGGGAGAUGCACAGUACGCUCCGUGGUUAGGGAGCUCUUCCGAGCCUGAGAAGGAAGACGAAGACGACGAACGACUCUACUCAACUGUAGUGGACGAUGUCUUCUUCAUCUUGAACAACAGUGUGUUGCGCGCGAUCGGCAGUCUCGACGUCCUGGCUGUCUGCGCCGUCGUCAACAACGUCUGCUCUGUACUCUCCUCAGAGGUCAAAAUGAAGCUUCGCAAGAACCUCGAAGAAAGCAAAACGUACUACGCAAACUACAUUCGCCAGGAAUCCCACGCACUCUGCUACUCGCUGGCAGAAAGUCUGCGCGACGUUUUCGAGCGCCAGGAAGGCCCGCCGCCCGACAGCCUCAGUUCCUCGUACAGCUGGCCUCACAGCGUGAACAACGUGUCUUUGGCUGUAACGACACUGAAGAAGUUCAAAGACCGAGUGGCGCGCGACUUCACAGAAACCUUUGUGCCCGUAUCAUCUGGAAAGCGGACAGAGAGACGGAGACGCGAACGAGAAAAGAAAUGUGCAGAAGCAGCAGAAGGCGAGGAAGAAGGAGACACGGUGAACGCAUGCGUCGGCGAUAGGCAGGCCGCGCAUGGAGGCCGAGCACGUGACUCGAGCGACAGCGAAGACGAAGAAACGGACGCAGACUCCGACGACGACGAGUUUCGAGAAGAACAGGAGAAAGCAGGCGACGCACCUGUUCCGCCGAAUGUACAGACACGACCGGACCAGGGCGAACCGAUGGAGUCGAAGAAGUCUCAGGGAGGCGCCAGCAACAACUUAAUGAUGUUCCAAUACACCCUACAGGCAGUGGAUGGAGUCGUCGAAGAACUCCAGGCGCUCCACGAAAGAUGUUGCAGAGUGACUCUCAAAUUUCUUCAGCCUCACCUUCUCAGUGGUCUUGACUCUCUCCACGACGCCGUCUUCGAUAUUCACGAAGACUCAACCUAUGACGUCUCCGGAGCAGGACAAGGCAACACAUCGGAGGGCGCGCGAAUCGGUCUUUUGGAUAGCGAAGGCACUGUAGACGACCGCCUGCAAGAGCGCUGGCGUCUGCAGCUCCAACGAGGCCUUGCGAUUAUUUUCGCUCACAUAGGUCGAGAGUAUGAUCGACCAACGCAAAAUCUCUGUUGCUCCCUUUUUCUCCAGGUGCUCGCCACGAAGAUGGAGUCGCUUCUUCUGGAUAAAUCGUACACGGCGUUGGGCGGCUUGCAACUCAGUGCGCAGCUCCGGCGUUUUGUGCAGCAAGUUUCUGCUCUUCAGCACGCCUCAGGUUCUGCGUCUUCUCCCAGCGGAGUUCACGGCUCUGUAGUUUCCAGAAAUCCCGUCGCGUCGCCGUUUUCAGUCGGGAACAGGGAGCCCAGAGAGUUCUCCAGCUCCGUUUUCCAGCAAGGAGUCUCAGCUUUCGGAGCUCUGGCCGCUGCAGCCGCCCGCGGCGCGACAGCCGGAGGGGGCGACGGAGCUUUUCUCGAGGAAGAAGGCGAAGGAGCUCUGGCGAAAGUCAGGAUCUUCUGUGACUCUCCCACUCGACCUAAAUUCGGCAGGGUGCUGGAGCUAAGCGAGCUGCUCAGCCUGGGGAGCCUCGACGAGCUUCUGGACAUCUGGGGUCCGUCUUCGGGAAAAUUCUGGCGACUUUCUGUCGAAGAAAUGAAGAAGGUCUUGGAGCGUCGCGUCGACUUCGCCAAAGAUGAGAUCGAGGCCUUCUUCCACAUGCAUCAGGGAAAAUGA